AAUGUCUGUAGCUGUAUCAUCACAUUAACAGUGUUGAUUGAUUGCACACAGACAGCAAUGAGUUUGAGUCGCGUGGCUGUUUUCGCCUCCAUCUUGGUUUGCUACUAUGUCAGUAUUGUAGCUAUACCAGCUGGGGAUACAACAGCGACGGCUGCUGCAAGUGCCGCAUCGACAGCAAAAUCCUCUGCAGAUAAAUCGAAUGCACAGGCAGUUGCCGCAAGUAACUCUACAGCAACCACAGUCACCAAUACUACGACGACAACGACUACUGCUGUCGCCGCCUCUAAUGCAACUUCUAAUGCCACAACUGCUGGUGAAGAUUGUAAAGAAGACACAGCUGCAAAUGCUAAUGCAACUUCAAGUGCCGUAGCAUCAAGCGCAGCAUCAGGUAAUGGAGCAGAUUCGAGUGCUAACGCUACUUCAACUGCUGCAGCAUCUAGUGUAGCUUCUGGCAAAGAAGCUGAUUCAAGUGCUAAAGCUGCUUCAACAGCUGCAGCAUCUAGUGCAGCUUCUGGCAACGGAACAGAUUCAAGUACCAAUGCCGCUUCCACAACCGCAUCGCCAAGUGCGACUACGGCAAAGGACGCAGAUUCAGACGCUACGAGCACUACUCCAGCAUCGGCUAAUUGUACAAGUACAACCGUAGCUCCAAAAGCCAGUUGUAAUGACAGUGAAGAAGAUACUGGAAAAUCUUCCACGACCUGCGCACCAACUGGAAAUGCGAAUGCGACCGCCACGGCUGCAGCUUCGGCUACAUCUUCAGCUGCUGCAAAGGCCUAAACGAAAUUUUCAAUAGUUUCACUUCAUUCAUUUACUUCUGUAAAUUUUGUCAUUCCUAUCGUGCUAUUUACAAUAUAUGUAUGCCAAAAAUGUUAUAAGCAUUGAUUCUAUUCAGAUUCAUUAUUACAGUAUUACUGUUA